CAAAUAUAUUAGUUAUUUUUAAAUCCAAAAAGAUAAGAUGGCGGCUGGUUCAUCACGUGGUAACCGCGGGAAAAAGGAGGGAAAUCCACGAUUUUGUUUUCUGUUGAUCGCAGCUUUCUUUCUCGUACUCGCAGCUGUUCUGGUUCUACUGGUCAGCAAUCAGCUGAUCGGAUAUACUACACAAGAGUUACCAGUUGGACUACUGUACAAUCCAGAGACUACACUUGGUACACGGUACAUAUCCGCUGCGGGUACUGCAAUAACAGAUAUAGAAAUAGCUGCCGGGCAAGCAGUGUUAUCCCCGCCAGGUGCUAUCAGGCUCAAGCUAAGAUCUGUAAAUGAAACAGAUGAAGACAGUUUUAUCAGAUUGCACAAGACUGGAGUGAGGUUAUUUCUGAUUGAUGUUAUAUCUCCAGAGCUUUACAGAGUAACCGAGAACUGUACUGAUUGUAUCUUAAUUUGCGAUAAUCUUAGACCAGGGCGAGGUGAAAAGUCAAAGGCUGCUGUUAUAAAACAAAGUCCAAACCUUAAUCUUCUAGCAGAAGCUUAUCUUACUCUGAUAAACCAAUCCAAACCAGAAUCUGAGGGAGUUAAGGUUCUCCCUGUAAUGCGUGAUGACCAGCCCGCCAGUGACCUCUACGAUAGCUUUGUACAAGCUGUCAAAUCAUUUAACAGAAUCAGUUUGCUAAACCCUGUUGUCUACACCCCUUCCCAGUAUCCUAAGAGUGAUGCUUUUGAGAUUAUCAGUAGUAUGGGCAGCCUUAUAUCCCUUCAUCCUACAGCACAGGUGUUGAUGCUGAGUAAUGAUGAAAUACCAGAAUUACUCUCUCUUUCACAUGUUAACCAGGAGUUGAAAAAGCGAAGAUGGUUUGCUGUAGAUGCAGUUCAUCUAGCAGAAGAUAUAAGAGCUAGUGCCAGGGGACGAAGUUCAGGGGGUCUGGGAAGUUUUACGACACUGUCUUACCUGGGAAAAGGAAGGAAUAACGGACUUCGGAACCAGUUUCUUAGAAGACAUUUACUAACUGGAGAUGUAGAUGGAAAUGUUUAUAAAGAAUGGAUGGUUUAUGACAACAUGAUAAAGAUCCAUCGAGCCUAUGGCGAUACACUUCUAGAACAACAAGUAUAUUUGAUAGAUGUUCUUAAUAAAGAAUUUGAAAUCAAAGAGCAACUAGAAGAACAAAUAGAUGAAGAAGUAGAAGAACGAGAAGAAGAAGAAGAAGUAGAAGAGGAGAAAAGAGAAGAAACAGGUUUAAAAGAAGAGAACGGAGAUGGAAAAAAUAAAAUUGAGAAGGACAGAGAAGGGAGGAAUGAAAGUGAGAAGGAUGUAGGAGGGAGGGAUGAAGGGGUUUUUAUCUCAAUGUUUCUGAUGCCGGAUAUUAAGAAUGUUGUUCUGAUUCCACAGGUUGGUUGGUUAAUCGAAGGAGUGCUUAAUGCUACAAAAGUUGAAGACAAUAAUACAAUUAUUAAAUACUCUCCUGUCCAGACAAGUGUACUCUCAAGACGAGAGUUGGAAGGAUUAUAUGAAGGAAAGAAAUCAAAUUGUUCAGAUCCAAUAUUCUCCAUUAAUAUUCAACCCAGGGUUUUUGUACCAGAUCUGGUGUUAAAUCUAACCCUGUCUGAUAUACCCGACACACUAAUACUACCAGUCCAGGGUGGUGUAGGAGUUCAUCUACAUUGUAAUAACGACAACAUAGGAUAUGUAUGCACACAUAGUAAACUGGAUACAGGGGAUCUAGUCUGUAGACUUGAUACAAGGAGUAGAAUUCGAGAAAUAGAAACACCUGCAGCCCAUCACUUUAAUCAAACACAUUCAGAAAGAAUUAUUAAGAAGACAUUUUGACAAAAUUUUAAAGUUUUGUUAAACUAAUAUCAUUAAUAUAAAGAAUAAAGAUUAUAUUUUUGUU